GUAACAUAUGAUACAGUCCAUUGUUGUUGGUUUCCUGGUAGCAAGCCCUAGGAAAUUGAGGAUUAAUACAAAAAUGCAGAAAACAUAAUAAUAACGCGGUAACAAUCUGUUUCUCCUUCGUGUUCUCUCAUAGUCCACUUGAUUGCAGUGCAGCAACUUGAAUUGAGAUUCUGAGACACCACCAUGUUCUUGAGUGCUUGAAGUAACUACGUCGUGCAGAGAUGAUGCACCUCAAGAGCCUGCAAAGCAAGGCCCUUGUGUUCGUUUUCUCAUCCUAUAGAACUCUCCACCCUCCUCACUGCAGUCCCCACUACCCUCUGAUCCGCGUCAGAAGAUUCUUCUCCCUCUUCCCCAAAGAUUCGAUUUUGAUUCCCCCCAUGAAGACCCAUCUCUACGCUUCCUUCUUCUGCACACUCAUUCGGCUCUACUUGGCUUGUGGCAGGUUCUGCAUUGCCUCUCACGCUUUCUCUCGCAUGCGUGCCCUUUCUCUCGUUCCCUCCUUGCCCUUGUGGAAUGACCUUUUGUAUGAAUUCAAUGCCUGUGGCUUGGUUUCCCAGGUAAAAGUGCUGUAUUCUGAGAUGGUUUUUUGUGGGGUUGUGCCUAAUGUUUUCAGUGUUAACGUGUUAGUUCAUUCGUUAUGUAAAGUGGGGGACUUGGGUUUGGCUUUAAGGUAUCUCAGGAACAACAGUGUUUUUGAUCAUGUUACUUAUAAUACUGUUCUUUGGGGAUUCUGUAAGCAUGAAUUGGCUGAUCAGGGUUUUGGAUUGUUGUCCGAAAUGGUUAAGAAGGGUGUGUGUUUUGAUUCAGUUACUUGUAAUAUACUUGUUAAGGGGUAUUGUCAAGUUGGAUUGGUUCACUAUGCUGAGUGGAUUAUGGACAACUUGGUUAGAGGGGGGGUUCCACUAGAUGUUACAGGUUUGAACACCUUGGUUGACGGGUACUGUGAAGCGGGGUUGAUGAGUCGUGCGUUAGCAUUGGUGGAGGAUAGUUGGAAGAAUGGUGUCAAGCCUGAUAUUGUUACUUAUAAUACUUUGCUUAAUGCUUUUUGUAAGAACGGGGAUCUUGCGAAGGCGGAGUCUCUUAUCAAUGAUAUUUUGGGCUUUAAGAGGGGUGAGGAAUCUGGUGUAUUAAAUGACUGUGGUGUUGAAAGACUGGAUGAGAUAAGAGAUUUGCAGCCAACAGUUGUUACGUGGACAACCUUAAUUUCUGCUUACUGUAAGCAUCGCGGAUAUGAAGAAUUCCUUUCUCUGUAUGAGCGGAUGAUUAUGAGUGGAAUCAUGCCUGAUGUGGUUACUUGUAGUUCUAUUCUUUAUGGACUUUGCAGGUAUGGUAAAUUACCUGAAGCGGCAGUAUUGCUGAGAGAGAUGUAUAAAAUGGAUUUAGAUCCUAAUCAUGUUUCAUACACUACAAUUAUUGAUGCUUUAUUAAAAUCUGGGAGGGUGAUGGAGGCUUUUAGUUUUCAAAGUCAAAUGAUGGUUCGAGGUAUUUCUUUUGAUCUAGUUUUGUGCACAACUAUAAUGGAUGGACUUUUCAAAGUUGGAAAAUCUAAAGAUGCUGAGGAAAUGUUCGAAAGUGUUUUAAAGCUCAACCUUGUCCCAAACUGUGUCACAUAUUCAGCAUUGCUAGAUGGUCAUUCUAAGUUAGGAGACAUGGAAUCUGCAGAGUUGGUGUUGCAAAAAAUGGAGAAAGAACAUGUUCUUCCAAAUGCUGUCACCUUUUCUUCUAUUAUAAGUGGAUACGCCAAAAAAGGAAUGCUAAAUAAAGCAGUUGAAGUGUUAAGGAAGAUGGUCCAAAUGAAUAUUAUGCCAAAUGCUUUUAUUUAUGCUAUUUUGAUGGAUGGCUAUUUUAGGGCAGGUCAACAUGAGGCUGCUGCUGGUUUUUAUAAGGAAAUGAAAUCAUGGGGAUUGGAGGACAACAAUAUUAUACUAGAUAUUUUUUUGAACAAUUUGAAAAGAUCUGGAAGCAUGAAGGAAGCUAAUUCAUUAAUUAAAGACAUUUGCUCCAAGGGUAUUUACCUAGACAUUUUUAACUACACUUCUCUAAUAGAUGGCUACUUUAAAGAAGGAAAUGAUUCUGCUGCUCUUUCCUUAGUUCAGGAAUUGAGAGACAAAAACAUUCAGUUUGAUGUUGUUGCUUGCAAUGCUUUGAUUAAGGGGCUCUUAAGGCCAGGAAAAUAUGAACCAAAUUCCGUGUUUUCAGGAAUGAUGGAAUUGGGUCUGACUCCAGACUGUGUUACAUAUAACACUGUGAUUAAUACGUACUUCAUACAAGGUAAAAAGGAAAAUGCCCUGGAUGUACUGAAUGAGAUGAAGAGCUAUGGAGUAAUGCCAAAUAUGGUCACUUAUAAUAUUCUUAUUGGUGGUCUUUGUAAAACAGGUGCAAUUGAAAAAGCAAUGGAUGUUUUGGAUGAAAUGUUGCUUAUGGGGUAUAUUCCUACGCCAAUUAUUCACAAGUUUCUGCUUAAAGCAUAUUCAAGGGAUAGAAAAGCAGAUGCAAUUUUUCAAAUUCACAAUAAGCUUUUAGCUAUGGGCCUCAAGCUUGACCAGAUAGUGUAUAACACGCUAAUCACAGUAUUAUGCAGAUUAGGGAUGACUAAAAAAGCAAAUGUGGUGCUCAGGGAAAUGGUCACGAAAGGAAUUUCAGCUGACGUUGUUACUUAUAAUGCCCUUAUUUGUGGUUAUUGUACAGGCAGCCAUGUGGAGAAGGCUAUUGAUACUUAUUCACAGAUGUUGGCAGAUGGAAUCUCUCCUAAUAUUUCUACUUACAAUAUCCUUUUAGAAGGUUUUUCAACUGCUGGUUUGAUGAAAGAUGCAGAUAAAUUAAUUAGUGAGAUGAGGGAAAGAGGACUUGUCCCAAAUGCCAGUACUUAUAACAUACUGGUUUCUGGCCAUGGUAGGAAUGGAAAUAGACGAGAUUCUAUAAAACUAUAUUGUGAAAUGGUAACCAAAGGUUUUAUUCCUACAACAGGAACCUAUAAUGUGCUUAUUCAAGAUUAUGCAAAAGUAGGAAAGAUGCACCAAGCUAAAGAACUUUUGAACGAGAUGUUCACAAGAGGAAGAAUUCCUAACUCUUCAACAUAUGACAUUCUAAUCUGUGGAUGGUGCAAAUUAUCUUGUGAGCCAGAGAUGGACAGGGCACUUAAAUUGUCAUAUCAGAAUGAGGCAAAAAAAUUGCUGAGAGAUAUGUGUGAAAAAGGACAUGUGCCAUCUGAGACCACUCUCUUAUAUGUCAGUUCAAAUUUUUCCAUGCCAGGAAAAAGGGCUGAUGCCAAGAGGUUAUUGAAGGUAUUUACCCAGAAGAAGAACUUGUAAUAAAUGGUCUAAUGGAUGAUGAGAUGAUACAAAAACUCAAACUCUGACCAAUCCUAUAAAAAGUGACUCUUCAUGUCUUACAAAGUCCAAUUGGGAUGAGGAAAUUAGUGGACUGUAACCAUCUUCUUUGUUUGGAAAUGAAGGUUAUGGUGUUUUAAGCAAUAACACAUAAGUUUAACAAAGACAAUCCGCAUCUUUAUAUGAUAACUACUGUCUUGUGAUGCUAAACUUAUGUGAUUGGAAUUGGAAAUUAUGGGUGAAGUACUCAUGGUAACAAAUCCAUUACAUCACUGAAAGAUUGGAACUCAUGAGAAAAAUCAAGGGUGAGAUGGAUCAACAAUGAAUUUAUGUGAUGGCCGUGGUCAACUGCUACUUCUUUGCCAAGAAUAUAUUGAUGUAGCAUACUCAAUAUGAUCAAGUCAUUGACAAACCCAUCAAUCUCAGACAGUCAUUGGGAUAUAUACACCAGCUGAAGUAAGGGAGAAAAGAACACAAUUCUUCUAUGAACAGUUUUUUAGGUACUUUUAUGAGGCCAAUUCUGGCAUGGAAAUAAAUGCUAUAAGUAGAUAAGGUUUAUUUUAUUCAAGUUACAGAAAGCGAGCUUUCGCCAGAAACUUAAGCAUCUUUAAGCUCAAUUCUAAUAGAAGUUACAAGGAAAUUUCAGAUAAAAUUGUUGUGUCUAGUGUGGUGGUAAGUGGUGUUCCUAUUUUACCAUCUCUUUUUCCUUUGAUGGAGCAAAAAAGUCAUUGUUUAAAACCAGAAACAGAUAAUUAGUGUUAACUUCCUCUCAGUUAUAAACAAAAUUACAGGCCUAUGAAAUCAUUGUCAUCACAUUAAAAAUAUUUAAAAUAAUAGAAGGGCUCUAAUCUAAGAUCUAAAGCAAUAUUCUUAUAUAAUAUUAGAAUGUGAACUUGAGACCGCGUCAGUUCGUACCUUAACCAUUCUGCCUCUAUUUACAACCAUAACUAUCAUAAAUUUGAUACAUCUUUUGGAUACAUUUAUAUUAGUUAGUGUUAUUAAAAGGUUAAAACCACUUAGGCGUCCCUGUUUUCGUAAGGUCUUCCCAUUUUGGUCCUGUUCUUAUAAAACUUUCCAAUUGGGUCUUUAAAAGUGCCAAUUUCGUUGAAAUUAACCCCUGCCGUUAAAAUUGAGUAACGGUGUUAAAUCUGGGUAGAGUUGGAUGGAGGACGUGUCAACCAUUAAAACGUGGCAGAAUAACUGAGUGGUACGUGACGUGAUUAAUUGAUAAAUUGAAAUUAAAAAGGGGAUUAGGGUUAGUUAAUUAAAAAAGGGGAUCAGGGUUAAUCUUCUUCUCCAUCCAGAAAGAGAGAAAGCCUAGGGUUCCCUCUCAUCAUCUGCGGCAAUCAUCUGCACUCAAAAAGGUGAUGGAAUCUUAGAUUUUGAAGAGAGUGUUGUUUCCNUAUCGUUGUCUUCG